CUCCUCAUUCGUCUCUGAACUCGAGGGGAGCGGUGUCGUUACGUGGGGUUCUGCUCGGAAAGUGAAGGGUGCGCACCUGGGGCCCAGAGGAAGAUGAGGGAAAUAAGGAAGAUGAUCCCCAACUGGGGUGCUGAGAUUUGGGGAGGCGAAUCUGGGAGCUCUACAACAGGUUAAAUCUCAUGACAUCCAUCUUCUUUCUGUCCUCUCAGCUGAACCACAAUUCUCCACUCUCCCCAAAGCAGAAAAUGAACAUAAUUCAGGCAUCAGUGUCAUUCAAGGAUGUGACUGUGGAAUUCACCCAGGAAGAGUGGCAUCAGAUGGACUCUGCUCAGAGGACCUUGUACAGAGAUGUAAUGCUGGAGAACUACAGCCACCUCGUCUCAGUGGGGUACUGCUUUACAAAGCCAGAACUGAUCUUCAUGUUGGAACAAGGAGAAGAUCCAUGGUUAUUAGAGAAAGAAUUUAUAAACAGAAGUUCCCCAGAAGAAUUCCAACCUGAUGAACUCUUAGAGGAGAGCCUAGAAAACCAAGGCAAACGCUUGAGGCAAGUUUUAUUCAUCAACAAAUCAUUGACUAUGGAACAAGAAAUAUCAGGAAAACCAUGUACUCUGGACAUAAACAUUUUUCCUGCAGAAACAAUACCCUGUAAAUUUGACACUACAGGGUCUACUUACUUGCUUCUUAGCUCACUGGCCCCACACUGUCAAUAUUCAAAAAAGACUUAUGUGCCUAAUGUAUGUGAGAAUUGGCUUUUCAGUAUUAAGGAUGGCAGAACUAAUACUGGAGAGAAUUCUUUUGUUUGUAGUAAAAAUGUGAAAACCUUUGGACAUAAAGACAAAGUUAUCCAGCAUCAGACAAUUCAGACUUUGCAGCAAGCUUUUGAAUAUAAUGAAUGUAGAAAAGAUUUUCUUGAAAAGACUGCCCUUGUUAUGUCUAAGAGUACCCAUCCAAAAAUGAAACCUUAUAAAUUCAAUAAAUUUGGGGAAAACCAACAUCAGAAAUCAACCUUGAUAGUGUCUCAGAGCAGUCAUCCAGAGGAGAAGAGUCACUAUGAGUUUAAUAAAUAUGAAUGUACUAAAAACAGAAAUAAUUUUAGUAGGAUCACUCAAAAAACUGACAUAGAAGGGAAAUCUUUCAGCCAAAAAUUACACACUAAAGAACAGGAAAAUUUUUAUAUAGGGGUGAAAUCCUUUGAAUAUGGAAAGAAUUUCAGCCAUAAUUCAACCCUUCCAGUGCAUCAGAGAAUUCACACAAUAGAACAAACCUAUGACUAUGGCACAUGUACAGACACUUUGGGUUACCAGUCAGCUUGCAAUGUGCAUAAGAAAACUCAAAUAAUGUUGAAACCCUAUGAGUGUAAUGAAUGUGGAAAAUCCUGCAUUAAAACUUCAUGCCUAAUUCAGCCUCAGAAAAGUCACAUGGAGGAGAAACCCUUUGAAUGUCAUCAAUGUGGGAAAGCUUUCAGUGAGAAGUCACGUCUAAAAAAACAUGAGAGAACUCACACAGGAGAGAAACCCUAUAAAUGUGACGGAUGUGAGAAAGCUUUCAGUGCAAAGUCAGGACUAAGAAUACAUCAGAGAACUCACACAGGAGAGAAACCUUUUGAAUGUAAUGAAUGUGGGAAAUCUUUCAACUAUAAAUCAAUCCUCAUAGUACAUCAAAGAAUUCACACAGGGGAGAGACCCUUUGAAUGUAAUGAAUGUGGAAAAUCUUUCAGCCAUAUGUCAGGCCUAAGAAAUCAUCGGAGAACUCACACAGGUGAAAGACCAUAUAAAUGUGAUGAAUGUGGGAAGGCUUUCAAACUGAAGUCAGGCCUAAGGAAACAUCAUAGAACUCAUACAGGGGAGAAGCCCUAUAAAUGUAAUCAGUGUGAGAAAGCAUUUGGUCAGAAAUCACAACUCAGAGGACAUCAUAGAAUUCACACAGGGGAAAAACCCUAUACAUGUAAUCAUUGUGGGGAAGCAUUUAGCCAGAAGUCAAACCUUAGGGUACAUCACAGAACUCACACUGGGGAAAAACCCUAUAAAUGUGAUGAGUGUGGAAAAACUUUCAGGCAGAAAUCAAAUCUUAGAGGACAUCAGAGAACUCACACUGGGGAGAAACCCUAUGAAUGUAACGAAUGUGCCAAAUCUUUCAGUGAGAAGUCAGUCCUAAGAAAACAUCAGAGAACUCAUACAGGAGAGAAACCCUAUAAUUGUAAUCACUGUGGUGAAGCUUUCAGCCAGAAAUCAAACCUCAGAGUACAUCAGAGAACUCACACUGGAGAGAAACCCUACAAAUGUGAUAAAUGUGGAAAAACUUUCAGUCAAAAAUCAAGCCUUAGAGAACAUCAGAAAGCCCAUACAGGGAAAUAAAAAUAUAAAUAUAAUGAAGACGGAAAAACUCUGAGCUGAAAAUAAAGCCUCACAAUAUAAAAUACAUAUGAGAGAACUCCUAAGAAUAUAAUAAAAACUUGGAAGUUCUUAUGCAAGAUACUAGUUUCACUCAACAUCAGAAAACUUAACAUGAGCAAAUCUCUUGGAGUAUAUUUUAUACGGGCAGUUUCAUCUUGACUGUAGUCCUCAUUGUAGAUCAGAGAAUUCAAUCCAGUAAAGAAACUAAAAUAAUACAAGAAAUACUCUAGGCAUUCAAUCCUUAGAAAACUCACGCUGCAGAAGAACUCUGGGAAUGUAAUGAAUAUGUCAUAACUUUGUCCCAGCAAAUCAAAAUUGACUCAUCAUCAGAGAAAUCAAACAGUGAGAAAAUUGGGAAUGGAGUAAAUGUGAGAACUGUUAGUCAAACACCAGUUUUUUCAAUAAGCAGAAAAUAACAUAAAGGGUAGAGACCUUACAGUAUAUUAAAACAGACAAGAAAACAAGGUAAUGGAUGUGGGGAAUCCUUCUACUAUGUCCAGCCUCAAUUUGACUAACAUAAGGGUAAUAACUAUAUGACAUAUAAUGCCAUAUGUCAUAUGAUAUAUGACAUAAUGAAAUAUUCAUUGUUCACCAAUAACCAUUUCCUCCUUUUCUAAUGCCACACCUAGCUUAAAUUUCUCAACCACUGUCAUCCAACUUGAAAUCAUAUUUUUGACCUCUAGAUAGUGAAAUGUAGGGGUCAAUGACAAGUCUUACUAAAUACAUCUCUCAAAUUCUUAAUGUCUUCUCCUGUCCCUUGUCAGAAUGCUGUGGAUAUGACCCCCAGCAAAACCAAGGGGCUUAUGCACAGAAGAUGAAAGAGUACAAAAUAGAAAGAAACAGGGCCAAAGAAUAAAUAUUGAAUGGAAUUUUCUCCUGCAUGUACACAGACUUUUUGCUAUGAGGAAAUAGAAUUGUUCUUUAUUGAGCUUCUGCAGGUUCGAGUAUACUUAAUACUGACAUAUACUCAAACCUAUGAAUAUGAUUUCUGUGGACAUGUGAACUCAGUGAAGUACAUCAGAAAUAUCACACAGGAAAAACCCCUGGCAAAUCCUGAAUGACCAUAGCUUUUGUCCAUAUCUCUUCCUCGUCAGUCAGGUGAGUAUCAGGGGAAGAUAUCUAAUAUUACUGCAUAUUAUAGGUAAUCCAUUACCCCAAAAAUGAGAUCUCAUUGAAUAUCUGAUAAUUGAGCUGUGAAUGUGUCAAAGCUUUUAAUGAGUCAUCAAAGUUUAAUAUCACUCAGAGUUUGUUAUGAGGGAAAAAUUUAUCAGUUUGAGAAAGUUAAUAAUAGCCUUUAUGUUAAUCAAAACUGUUGUUUCUUGUGUAAUAUUAAGACAUUUAAUGAACUAUAACAGUAUUGGUUCAUGGACAUUUACUAGAAUAAGAAGAUUUUUAAAAAUAAGAAAUAAAUGGUAUAAGUUAAACAGUGUUGAAUAUAUGUGAAUAUUUUCUGAGUUUUCUGUUGUCUACAUCAGUUUGUAUGUGCAUGCCACUUAAAUGUUUGUUUUAUAUGUAUCCUAGAACUCUACAGCAUUGUAAUAGUAUUAUGUACCCCUUAUUUAGUAACUGUUCUGAUAUUAAUACAUCAUCUACAUGUAUAUUAAUAACAAAUAAACCUUUCACAGGAAGUAUCUGAAAAUUCGAAAUCCUAUACCACAUUUCUUUUCUCUUGUUGCCUCCUGACAUGUGCAUAUAGGAAAGGCCAUUUUUACUAAGCUGUCUUUUUUCAACAAAGACAGACCCUGUUUUCUGUGUACUUUUGUCUUAUCUCAGGGUCACUAAUACAAAUAUUGUGUUGAAGCCUACACACAUACAAAUUUAUGUAAAUGUGUUUGUGUCCUGCCUCUCUUCAAUGUCACUGAAUCCUUCCUCAGUUGUAUCAAGUAUACUGAUAAUCCAUCCCUUAAAAGGCAUUCUUCAUUUGUUGUUUUUUUUUUAUUUCCAGCAUUUAAAUUUUACUAUAAUUUCUCUCUCUUUUGAACUAACCUAUCUGAUCUUGAAUGUUAUUUAGCUUUUUUUACAAUCAUUUUAUAUGGUGUGUGGCAUUCUCUGUCUCAGUUAAACAACUGCUUGAGUUCUUGUUUCUCCCUGCAGCUACCUAGCUCUCCAGACUUUGGACUCAUUUUUUGCCCCAUAAUCUCAGAUAUCUGAUGUAGUCAAAAAAAAGUUGUUAAUUGAAACUCUUCCCAGCUAUCUUCUUAUUUAAGAAUAGAAACAAUGCUUUUUCCUGCUCUCUAAUGAUCUGAAAUGUAACUGAGAGUUGUUAGUUGAUUUUUGACAUAUGUUCCUGGGUAAUUUGAUAUGGAAAUGAUGAUAAAAUAAUUGGAUAUUCAUAUAUUUCAAAUGCACCUUGAUAUUUAUACAAUAAUUAAAGUUUUAUUCAAAAUAAAUUAUAAACUUAAACAAAA